AUUAUUAUCAACAAUAAUAAUAAUAAUAAUGAUGAUAAUAAUAUAACAUGUCCAAAAAGUGAUAUUCGAUACUCUAUUAUAGCAUUUCAGUUUUACAUAAUUACCGUGUUUCCUAAGAAUUGAUGUACAGUGUAAAUAACUGGGCCUGUUUCAAAGACCAGUAAACGCCACUGGAUGCCCACCAUGGUUCAGUGGCAGCUCUGCACACUAGAUCAACUGAGGGAUUCAGACUUUGGUCGUCCUUUUCCACGUCAUGGCCUUCAGCUCCUGUUUUGGUUUGCUAACUGCUGUGUGACCUCUGAACUUUUCAACCUUGUGCUCAUAUUGAAGCUGGUGCCACACUGUGAACCAGACAAAGGUUACUGUGGCUUCCACUCGUAUGGCAACAUUGAGAAACUUCUGCCUGUGCUGAGGAGACACAAGGACAGAACUAAGGUCGAGUACUUUGUAGUUGGAAACCUGAACACAGGAACCCACCCGGGGGCUGCAAACCUCCCUAAUUAUGUGAAAGAGAAUUAUGGCUCGAAUGGCAACCGUGGUAUUUACAACAUUGACCGCAUCAUCAUCAGUUACCAGACGAGAACCAGGGUGGUGGAGACCGUGUACGUCACCCAGCAUGAUGGAGCCGCCUCUUGGAGUUUCAGUGCCGACAGGACGUAUGAAAUCAGCUGUGAACUGAUCCAAGCCCUGCAGAGCCCACAGCUCGAUCUCACCACCUUUCUCACGCUGAUGGGCUACUAUGUAAUGCACUACCCACAACCUUCCACACAGCCACUGUUCAACCAAGUGCAGAGCUACAGUGGAUCCACGGGAGGAACAGAGGAAGACUACUUCCAGUUCAUGUCAGAAGCCUUCAGCCGCCAGUUAAAUAUCAACAGCUACAGCUACAAUGACGAGAGAGUCAAGAAACAACGAGCUUUGAGGCAAAUUUACUGGCGGUCCGGGUGGCAUCAGCCUUAUCAAGGUUCUAAUGAAGAAGGCAAGAAAGGUUAUGGUGGUGGUGGAGGAGGAGGAGGAGGAGGAGGAGGUGUCAGCUUCCUCAAGAUUCUCCUUGGUGCAGGAGCGCUCUACUUAGCAGCCAAAUGUUUCAGCUGCCUCUGGAGCUGCUGGAAGGAAGAGUUAGUGAAGGUGAUUCAAUGCAAGACUCCUGCUUGUAAACAGCCACAUCACGUCAUGCUGGAUUAUGUGUACUAGAAUGUUUCAACAUUCUACUCUACUGUAGACGACUGAGGCGGGGCGGCCCUUGGCCUACUUGGAAAGGCAGCUGGGCUUGUAACCAGAGGGUCGCUGGUUAAAAUCUGAGGAACUCAUGAAUUUCAGAUUGAGCAGGAUUUGGCAUUUUCAUGACCUUCAAAUGAAACUCAACAGUUGUUCCCGUGAUCCUGCCUAAUGUGCUGUGAACGCUCCAGUGUGUAAACAUUUGUGACAUCUAAUGAGAAGAAUAUAAACCCAGGACGCCUUUGAGAUGGACUGGCUCAGGUCAGAUAGUCGAGCCCAGAGUGCAAACCAAAUAUGUUGGGCAUGGUUAUGUUAUGCUGCACACAACAAGCAACAGAACUGAAAUCAGAACCAAAUGAAACUAUUUUUAAAUCCAGUUUAAAAACUUCUCCCUAAAGCACUUUAAAUUUUAAUCUUUCACUGCACAUAGAACUUUACUUGAGCUUUUUGUUGGUUGGUUUUUCUCUCUUUGCAUUUUUUGGUACUCUGAUUUAUUGUAUUAUAA